AUGGCUCCAGUUCGUUACACAAACCCAAACACCGUCUACAGCAGAGUAGAAGACGAAGACGCAGACCACGAAGGCUACUUGUCGGUCGCUAAGGAAUUCAAGGUCAUUUCCAAGGCUCCAGACUACUUGCCAACAUGGAACAAGGCUGAAAAGUACGAACCCUUGCAAUUCCAAGAGCACAUCGAUGCUGGUACUAAGGCUGACCCAGCCCUUCCAAACUUGUUCAACAAGGGAACCGAGUUCAAGACUAAGAACAUCACUCCAAAGUUGGGAACCGAAGUCUUUGGUGUUCAGCUUUCUCAGUUGGACUCUGCCGGUAAGGAUGAAUUAGCUUUGUUCGUAGCAAAGAGAGGUCUCGUUGUCUUCAGAGACCAAGACCUCGCUUCCAAGGGUCCAGCCUUCCAGACUGAGCUCGGUAGACACUUCGGUCCUUUGCACAUCCACCCAACUUCAGGUGCUCCAAAGGACCACCCAGAGUUGCACGUUGUGUACAGACGUCCAGAUGUAAAGGAUCUCUUUGAACACAGAAACAACUUGGUUGGCUUCCAUUCCGAUGUUACCUACGAAUUGCAACCUCCAGGAACUACUUUCCUCGCCGUUGUCGAAGGACCAGAAUCAGGUGGUGACACUUUGUUUGCUGACACCGUUGAAGCUUACAACCGUUUGUCUCCAGAAUUCCAGAAGAGAUUGGAAGGUUUGCACGUCUUGCACAGUGCUGUGGAACAAGCCAACUUUUCUAGAAAGAAUGGUGGUGUCGUCAAGAGAGACCCAGUACAGAACAUUCAUCCUUUGGUCAGAACUCACCCAGUCACUGGUGAAAAGGCUCUUUUCAUCAACUCUGGUUUCUCCAGAAAGAUUGUCGAAUUGAAAGAAGAAGAAUCCGACUACUUGUUGACUUUCUUGUUGAACCACAUCAACAACUCUCACGACUUGCAAGCAAGAGCUAAGUGGGAGGCUAACACUGUUGUUGUCUGGGAUAACAGAAGAGUCGUUCACUCUGCUAUCUUGGACUGGGACACUAGCGAAGCUAGAUUGGCUUACAGAAUCACUCCUCAAGCUGAAAGACCAGUCUACGACUUGAAGGACUUGAACACUCCAGACGAAAAUAAGUUGUACAAGGGUCCAGACUACCAGUAG